AGGAUAAGUUUACAUGCAUAGCGAACCCCAAAGUACAAUUAUCUUGCACAAACUUAUAAUACAAUUAAAAGUAGCGCUGCACAGAUACAAGCCGACAUAUUAUGUGUUGAACUACUAAAUGUUUCAACCUACUUGGUUCUCUACGUGUACUUUAUUGGUUUAUCAACAGCUUUUUUCCAUCACGUAAAAAAUAUUUUGUGGCACACAAGGAGAGCGCCCUCAAUAGUUUGCUGUCAUCAAUUCGCGGGAAAUCUCGAAGUAUUGCGCGAAACACUGGAUAAAUUUACAGUUAUAUUCUACAUAAGCAGUAAUCCCAAAAAAUCUGGAGUUUUAGCUGCUAUGUUUGGUGUUUUGUACUAAUCUUCAGUGUGAAAAGAUUUCUGUCCAUCCAGAAAGAUGCCUCUCAACAAACAAGAGAUGCGUUUGGGUCACAGUGAGGGCCAUACAGAUGUCUGCUAUGAGGAGACGGGGAACCAGAUCUUGACGUGUGGGAGUGAUGGAGAUGUCAGGAUAUGGGAGAGCAUGGAUGACGACGAUCCACAAUCGGUCAAUGUUGGAGAAGCUGCCUUUGCAAUUGCAAUGAAGGGGGGCAAGCUGUACACAGCCUCAGAGGCUAACACUAUCCAGGCUCAUACUUUUCCAGAGGGGGCCGCUGAUGGUAUCGUUACUCGCUUCACAGCGCCAGUAACACACUUCUGUCUGAGUCAAGACGGAAAUAAAGUCCUGGGUGGUGCAAGUGAUUUUACAAUGAAGUAUGUUGACGUUGAGGGCAGCAAUCAGAAGACAUUCCACGGCCAUAACGCACCUAUCCUCAGUGUAGCAAUCGACCCUAAACUGGAAUACAUUGCGUCCUCCAGCUGUGAUGGAACUGUCAAGAUCUGGAACAUCGCUGACCAAGCUUGGGAAAAAUCUGUGUCCCUUAUUCCUAAGUGCAGUGAUGCAAGCUUGUCGAAAACCUUGUGUAGGUUGUCGUGGAAACCAAAUUCAGGAGAGCUCUUGGCUGUUCCCCUGGAGAAAGAAAUCCAAGUAUUCGAGAGGGACACGUGGGACAUGGCAUUCACGUUGACCCCAACAGAGGUCACUGGGUUUAUCUCCAUUGUCCAGUGGUCUCCGUGCGGUCAGUUCUUGGCCUCGGCUAACACUGAUGGAAGUAUCUGUAUCUGGGAUGUUGGGUCAAGGGAGUGCAUUGAUAGGACUAAACACAACAAGGGUCUAUCAAUCUGUGGAUUAGUCUGGCACCCAACUGGUGGUAAUGAGAUUGCGUAUACUGAUGUCAUGGGAAAUGUAGGCGUGUUGGACAACGUUAUACCAGCGCAUAGGAAGAAGGAAUCUCAGGUAUCUGAAUACAAGCAGUCUGCUGAUUUGUUCGAUGACGAAGCCAUCGACGAAGAUUUCCUUGAUGCUGUUACACAAGCCGAGGUCGAGAAUAAAUUGACCAAUGAGGAUGAAGAUGGUGAUGAUGUCACGCCUGCCACGCAACACAAACGCAUAAUGCAGAUUCAAGAUGAUGACAAUUCAAUUGAUGGCAGUUCCCGUGUCGGUGAUGAUGGGGCUAGCAUCAUGUCCGGUGCACUGGACGCCAUGCAACCCAAACCAGUUGUGUACCAAGGUCCCCAACCUACCCCUCUACAGAAACCAUUUAUCCCUGGUGCCACGCCUGUACACCUAUCAAGUAGAUUCAUGAAAUGGAAUUCCGUUGGAAUCGUACGUUGUUACGACACAGACGACGAAUCCUCCAUCGAUGUUGAGUUCCAUGAUACCUCAGUUCAUCACGCCAUGCAUUUUGAUAACCAGUUGAAUCAUACAAUGGCCGACCUAUCAGCAGAAGCCGUUCUGCUAGCCAGCGAGGGCCAGGGGGAUACAGCAAGCCAAGUGAUCUGUUACCAUUUUGCAUCCUGGGACAACCAGAAAGAUUGGAACACUUCCAUGCCCAAGGGAGAAAAUAUCAAGGCGGUAACCCUUGGUUUUGGAUGGGUAGCUGUAGCAACCGACAAGCGAUUAGUUCGACUGUUCAGCAUUGGUGGUAUGCAGAGGGAAGUAAUUGCCGUACCAGGUCCAGUGGUGUGCCUUGCUGCUCAUGGUAAUCAGCUAUUGGUGGUGUACCAUGCUGGGGCGGGAGUACCAGGGGAGCAAUGCCUUGGGGUCCAGUUACUGCAUGUCGGUGGGAAGAAGAAACAACAAAUCUGUGGUGGUCGGUUACCAGUGAGCCCAAAGGCGUCCCUUGCUUGGUUGGGUUUUUCAGCUGAAGGGACACCUUGUGCCGUUGACACUGAGGGCGUGGUCAGAGUCCUAAAUAGAUCUAUGCUGACAUGGAUGCAGAUUGCUAACACCAAGAACCAUACCAAGAGUCGCUCAGACCAUUUCUGGGUGGUAGGAUUGAACGAGAGCCCACAGCAACUGCGAUGCAUUCAGUGUAAAGGAGCUCCCUUCCCUCCUACGCUACCCAGACCUGCCGUCAUGGUGCUACCGUUCCAAAUUCCCCUUUGUGACCUGGAAACGGAGAAGGGACAGAUAGAGGAGUCAUAUUGGAGAGCGGACACCUUGAGCAGACAUAUUGACUACAGCACAUCCCAAGGCUAUGAUGAAGACGAGAUGAACAAAGCACAGGCUGAGCGAGAAAAGCAAGAUAGCAUUAUGAAGCUCUUUGCAUUGGCCUGUCGCACCGACAGGGAGUUCCGCGCUGCGGAGAUCUGUCAGCUCAUGACGUCCCAGCAUGCCGUGUCCCUCGCCAUAAAAUACGCCAGCAGAUCACGCCGGAUGGCGUUGGCCGAGCGACUCAACCUAUUGGCACAGCAGAUGAUGGAAGAAGAAAUGGCUGCCAUGGAAACCGAGCAAGAAGAGGAGAAUGAUGUGUAUCAGGCACCACAUCACACAGCGAGGGACAGAAGCACGUCUGAAUGGUCAACGAUAUCCAGAGCAAGACCUCCAAAUCGCCAGGCAUCAAGACAAGAUCAUGAGGAGGAGGAGGAGGAGGAGGCUGAGGUAGAAGACGAGGAUCAACCGAUGGAUGAGGAUGGUGAAUAUGAUGAAGAUGGAGGAGAUGGUGAGAUGCCUGAGAUGAAAUCAAGACAAACUCCCGCACUGGUCAUCAAACCCAAGAAAGAUAUGCAUCCCAAGUCUGCUCUACCCAGCAGUCAACCAAGGAAGAACCCUUUCAAGAAGAACUCCUCUUCUGAAUCUCAGGUGGCUAGCAAAGGAAGUAGCGUCUUCGAUAACAUGAAGAAGACAUCUAAGAUCAAACUCAAAAGCCCUCCUUCUGAGAAGCCGAUCGAGUCCAAAGCGAAGAAAGGCAAGACCCAAGCUACUCUAUUCGGCAACAUGAAGUCACCCAAACAAAAGGAGAAAGAUGAAAACACUAAGUCGGAAACAGAUAAUUUUGCUGCAGUUAAGAAAGCGCCAUCUGGAUUUUCCUUCUGGCUGUCUGAGAACCAGCCGGGUCUAGCUGAGGAGAGUCCUGAACUAUCAGAGGCGGAUCUUGUCAAACUGGCCAUGCAGAAAUGGCGAUCACUCACACCAGAAGAGAAAAAGGAAUGGGGAGCCAGGGCUAAGAAAUCUGUCGAACCCUCAGAACCGGAUGCAGAUCCCAAAGAGAACAAUGCACAAGAUACUCUCACUGAGGGAAAGAAACGCAAACUAUCAACGGACGAUGAGGUCAAGCAGGGGUCAGAGAAGAGGGUCAAAGGUCAACAAGGAAAAGUGAAUAAUCAGAAUGGGGUUGCACCAAAGAAACCGCUACUCUCAUCAACGAAUUCAAAACUUGCUGGGUUUGCCUUUAAGAAAGAUUAGUUUGUAUAUAUUAAUUCAGCAGUUAGUUAUCAUUUUCCCUCCCAAAAUUGUGCCGCUGCUCAGUAAUCAAGCAGCAUUUUCAACCUUCAGGUCUUGUGCCUCUCAACACUUUUUGUGAAAUAUACUGGGUUUUUUCAUUGUAUGCAUUUUGCGGUUCUCGUUGUGUUUGUAUACAACAGUCCUGGUUUUUCUCUUUUGACUUUCCAAAAGCGCUUUGAGACGUCACUGUAAUUUGGGGCUAAAUAAAAAAUGACUUCAGCACUUUUUAUAUCUUAAAUCAAAUAAUAAACCCAGCCAGUUUAUUAAUGGAAACUGACCGGGUUAUUAUUUGACAAUGAUAAAGUUACUUCCUGGCUGUCGCUUCCUAUGUUGGUUGUCAUGGGUAUGACCUCUAAACAAAUAUAACGACAAAAUAGGGAGACUGCCACUAUAGGCCUAGAUAGCCGAGUUGGCAGAGCACCGGCACGUUAUUUCAGGGGUGGUUGGUUCAAAUCCAGCUCCAAAAUUUUGUUUGUUGUUCAACCCAAUGGUUGUUUAGUAGCCAUUUGAAUGAAUUUACCAAAACAUUUACGUUUAAUAGUAUAUUUAAGUACAUUCUAUUGAUAUUUAAGUUUGAAAAGCAAGUUUAAAAAUUUGUUUUGCCUUGGUCGAGUUGGUCUUUGAAAAGCGUUUGUAACCUAUUGUUAUAAAAUGCA